GGCCAGACAGCUCUCGUAGUGGUUGCUGUGUCCUGUGCUCACUCUCGUCCCCCGCAACUAAGCAACAUCGGAGAACCCACUGUAUCCCGCAACCUUGGGCUCUUUCCAAAGUUGCCCAUUCCCAUUCUCGUCCUCCUUCGCAAAGCUCUACACCUGCCCAAACUCUGGUCGGUAAAAGUACAUGAUGGACUUUUCUCACGGCUACUACAGCGGAGCGCAACCUUAUCAAUUUAUCGGGAUCCCGCCCCUGACCCCGUCGGCCUCCAACUCGGCCGGUUCUGAUGAGUUCAAUAACCAGUCCCCACCGGAUGUCUACGACCAUUUCCAGAGCAACGACCACUUCCAGAACUUCAACCAGUAUGCUCAAUUCAACCAUCAAACUCAACAAACCAUUCCAGGACCACCAGGCCCACCAACACCGCCGACGCAUCCCAGCGCGCACGCCCAGUCUCAGCCGCCACCAGCAGCAGCGGCUACCGCCGGAGUACCUGUCGUGAAGAACAACCACGCAGACAUACUGCCCUUGACCAAGGCAGAUCCCGAUCAGGGCCGCAACAAUGCCUCCAACUCGGACGAUGACGAUAUGACGCCAGCUCAAUCGCGCCGGAAAGCCCAAAAUCGGGCUGCUCAACGUGCCUUUCGUGAACGCAAAGAACGCCAUGUGAAAGACCUAGAAGCCAAGCUAGCCAGCCUUGAGGCAGCGCAGCACAUGACAGCCUCCGAGAACGAAAAGCUUAAGCGCGAUCUCCAAAAGAUGAGCAUCGAGAACGAGAUCCUUCGGGCCACGUCGAGCAUCCAACAAAAUCAAAACGGCUCGUUGUCGCCGCCUAGCACCACCACGGGCCCCAUGUCGUACAACCCCACCGACUUCUACUCGGACCUUCUCGCCAAUCACACCAACAAGACCCCCAGUCACCGCAUCGUCGAGUCCGAGGCCGGCGAGCGCCUGCUGGCCGCUGGCGCCACUUGGGAAUUCAUCAUCAACCAUGAGAUGUUUAAGCGCGGCCUCGUCGAUAUUGGCGAUGUGAGCGAGCGGCUGAAACCCCAGGCUAGGUGCGAUGGCCAGGGUCCCGUGUUCGAGGAGCGCGCUAUCAUUAAGGCUAUUCAGGAGAGCGUGGCUAGUGGGAGUGACGAGCUCUUAUGAGUUGCGUCACCACCCAGGGCUACUACUUAUAUGUGGGCGUUCGGCGAUUGACUAUGGGAUACGAGAACAUGGAAAUUAGUGGAAGAGGGGAUAUACUUCUGGACAGCAACAGCACCAUCAACUUUUUCGCUAGUACCGCAUGAGCUUCGACAGAAUGAGGGGCAAU